UCUUAAUUUUUUUUGGAGCGUUUGACUCGUUUACACUUUCUUUUUUUGUGGACGUGAUAGGUUUUGUUUUGAUCGUGGCUCCCAUCGAAAUGGUCUCAAAUGAAGAUAAAUUACUACAUCUAUUUAUAAUAUGGUCUGUUGCUACGUUAGCUCGCUAAUUAAGCAACCAUUUAAUCACGACACAAUAGCUAAUUAGCUAUCUUUUGCCAAAGCUGCUACGUAGCUAGCGCAACAACACUGCUGAAACUCGGGAGACGUUAGCUAGCUACCCUAAUCUAGUUUGAUGGAGUGCCCUCAUUUGAACUCCAAUGUUUGCAUUACCAUAGAUUCCUCAAGCUUCCCCCAUGGUUCCCCAUCCUCCUGGUGUUGCAGCGUUUGCAGGUCAAACAAAAGUCCUUGGGUAUGUCUCACCUGUCUCAAUGUGCAUUGUGGGAGGUAUGUGAAUGCUCAUGCUAAGCAGCACUAUGAGGACAGCCAGAGUCAGGUGACGGGAGGUGCUGGUCAGAAGAGAUGUGAGGAGCAGGAGAAGAACGCUCAGCACCUGGUCUGCAUGGACUGCAGCAGCUACAGUCUCUUCUGUUACAGGUGUGAUGACUUUGUAGUGAACGACACCAAGCUAGGACAUGUGCAGAAGGUCAGAGAGCAUCUACGGAGUCUGGACAACUCUCCACUGGCUGUUGACAGGCGGACAAAGAGGAAACUUCUGGAAAGCAACUCUCCUACCAGUAAACUGGUGAAGGACAAUGGUGGGGCCUCCGCUCUCUCUGCCAUGGGAUUACGUAACCUAGGCAACACAUGCUUUAUGAACGCCAUCCUGCAGUCUCUCAGCAACAUCCAGCAGUUCAGCUGUUAUUUCAUGGAGCUGCCAGCGGUGGCGCUGCGGAGCGGGAAGACUGCAGGGCGACGGAUGUACCACACCCGCAGCCAGGGGGACACCAGUGUGUCCUUGGUGGAGGAGUUGAGGAAGACCCUGUGUUAUCUGUGGCAGGGUGGCCCAACAGCCUUCAGCCCCGACUCUUUGUUCUACGUUGUCUGGAAAAUCAUGCCCAGCUUCAGAGGGUACCAGCAGCAGGAUGCUCAUGAGUUCAUGCGUUACCUACUGGACCAUCUCCAUAGAGAACUACAGGGCGGUCUGAACGGAGCCAAGCACCCUGCUCUCCCCGGUCCACCGGAUUCUGUUAACGUGUCAGUAGACCCUACUCUGUCACGAGACGGGCUCCCGGUGCCCCAGGACGAGGGGAAACUGCCCGCCGCCGGGGGGAAAUGCUGCAUAGACGGCAGUUCUACUGUGGUCACGUCUAUAUUUGGCGGCGUUCUGCAGAAUGAAGUCAACUGCCUGAUCUGUGGGACUGAGUCGAGAAAGUUUGACCCUUUCCUUGAUCUGUCCCUGGAUAUUCCCAGUCAGUUCCGACACAAGAGAACCAAGGACCAAGAGCCUGGUCCUACCUGCACGUUACGAGACUGCCUGUGUAGCUUCACAGACCUGGAGGAACUAGACCAGGCAGAGCUCUAUAUGUGCCACAGGUGUAAGAAGAGACAGAAAUCGACCAAGAAGUUCUGGGUCCAGAAGCUGCCCAAGGUGUUGUGUCUGCACCUGAAGAGGUUCCACUGGACAUCCUACCUGAGGAACAAAGUAACCACCUAUGUCGAGUUCCCUCUUCGAGGCCUGGACAUGAGGGGGUAUUUACUACAGCCGGAGGAGGCGUUGCCUGACCGGUGGCUGUAUGACCUGGUAGCUGUGGUGGUGCAUCAUGGGUCAGGGGUUGGAUCGGGACAUUACACAGCGUACGGGAAACGGGAGGGUCGCUGGUACCACUUCAACGACAGCACAGUGACUCUGACUGAGGAGGAGACGGUGGUUAAAGCCAAGGCUUACAUUCUUUUCUACACAGAGAGAUCUGACAAAACUACACCUGAGACUGACACCAGGCGUUAACCUGACGGCAGACCGUUCCCGACCCCAGACUGACGGCAGACCGUUCCCGACCCCAGACUGACGGCAGACCGUUCCCGACCCCAGACUGACGGCAGACCGUUCCCGACCCCAGACUGGCGGCAGACCGUUCCCGACCCCAGACUGACGGCAGACCGUUCCCGACCCCAGACUGACGGCAGACCGUUCCCGACCCCAGACUGACGGCAGACCGUUCCCGACCCCAGACUGACGGCAGACCGUUCCCGACCCCAGACUGGCGGCAGACCGUUCCCGACCCCAGACUGACGGCAGACCGUUCCCGACCCCAGACUGACGGCAGACCGUUCCCGACCCCAGACUGACGGCAGACCGUUCCCGACCCCAGACUGACGGCAGACCGUUCCCGACCCCAGACUGACGGCAGACCGUUCCCGACCCCAGACUGACGGCAGACCGUUCCCGACCCCAGACUGACGGCAGACCGUUCCCGACCCCAGACUGGCGGCAGACCGUUCCCGACCCCAGACUGACGGCAGGCCGUUCCCGACCCCAGACCGUUCCCGACCCCAGACUGGCGGCAGACCGUUCCCGACCCCAGACUGGCGGCAGACCGUUCCCGACCCCAGACUGGAGGCAGACCGUUCCCGACCCCAGACUGGCGGCAGACCGUUCCCGACCCCAGACUGGCGGCAGACCGUUCCCGACCCCAGACUGGCGGCAGACCGUUCCCGACCCCAGACUGGCGGCAGACCGUUCCCGACCCCAGACUGGCGGCAGACCGUUCCCGACCCCAGACUGGCGGCAGACCGUUCCCGACCCCAGACUGGCGGCAGACCGUUCCCGACCCCAGACUGGCGGCAGACCGUUCCCGACCCCAGACUGGCGGCAGACCGUUCCCGACCCCAGACUGGCGGCAGACCGUUCCCGACCCCAGACUGGCGGCAGACCGUUCCCGACCCCAGACUGGCGGCAGACCGUUCCCGACCCCAGACUGGCGGCAGACCGUUCCCGACCCCAGACUGGCGGCAGACCGUUCCCGACCCCAGACUGGCGGCAGACCGUUCCCGACCCCAGACUGGCGGCAGACCGUUCCCGACCCCAGACUGGCGGCAGACCGUUCCCGACCCCAGACUGGCGGCAGACCGUUCCCGACCCCAGACUGGCGGCAGACCGUUCCCGACCCCAGACUGGCGGCAGACCGUUCCCGACCCCAGACUGGCGGCAGACCGUUCCCGACACCAGACUGACGGCAGACCGUUCCCGACACCAGACUGACGGCAGACCGUUCCCGACACCAGACUGACGGCAGACCGUUCCCGACCCCAGACCUACCUCAUCACCAGGGACAAGACCUUUUCCUCUCAGCCUGAAUCACGUCCUUAAAGCACACAACCAAAUUGCUGCUUGAUAUUUGAGUUCUGUUUGAAAGAGGAAAAAAUGGGUCUCAAAAUGGCAACCUAUUCUCUAUGUAGUGCCCCGGUCAGGGGGGUAGUGCCCUGUGUAGAGAAUAUGGUGUCAUAUUAACAUUCCUCCAUGGAGGUGAUCUGUCCUGGCGGUGAACAUGACCGUGUCCUGGUGGUGAUCUGUCCUGGCGGUGAUCUGUCCUGGCGGUGAACAUGACCGUGUCCUGGUGGUGAUCUGUCCUGGCGGUGAUCUGUCCUGGCGGUGAACAUGACCGUGUCCUGGCGGUGAUCUGUCCUGAUGGUGAACAUGACCGUGUCCUGGUGGUGAUCUGUCCUGGCGGUGAACAUGACCGUGUCCUGGCGGUGAUCUGUCCUGAUGGUGAACAUGACCGUGUCCUGGCGGUGAUCUGUCCUGAUGGUGAACAUGACCGUGUCCUGGUGGUGAUCUGUCCUGGCGGUGGACAUGACCAUGUCCUGGUGGUGAUCUGUCCUGGCGGUGGACAUGACCGUGAUCUGUCCUGGCGGUGGACAUGACCAUGUCCUGGUGGUGAUCUGUCUUGGCGGUGGACAUGACCGUGAUCUGUCCUGAUGGUGGACAUGACCAUGUCCUGGUGGUGAUCUGUCUUGGCGGUGGACAUGACCCUGUCCUGGCGGUGGACACCAAGGUUCAGAAAAUGUGUAUAUUUCUUUCUUGAGUCUAUUGGUCUUCUCUGUCUAAGCCAGUUGGUAGUUUUCUAUUUUCAACUAAAUGUGAUCUUAGGCAUUAGAACUUGACUGAUGUCCUGAUUUUUAAAUGAUAUAUAGUGACUGAGUGUACCCUCUUGAUCAGAACCAAUGUGAACAAUGUAUCAACAUUAUGUAAUAUGUUCUCUUGAUUUUCCUGUUUCCUUUUCCUCAGUCUGCCACUUCAGGCUAGAUGUUUUAUUAAAUAGGAUGAAGAGAUUAUAGAAAUGGUGUCAGCUGUAUGAAAAAACAACAACAUGCAGAUCAAUGGAAUCUGUUUUUACAAAACUUUAGAAUAUACAGGUCGUAUCAUCGUACCUCCUUGAAGAGCAGUAGAACAACACAUGUUUAGAUUAUUCCAUAUAAACCUAUUAAACCACUAUCCUUCCUCAUAUUAAACACGAUGGAGCUCAA